AAAGCGGCUACGCUAUCCUCUCUCCCCAAUUUUUAUUUUUUUUUCAAAAAACAAAAAUCAGAAAAAAUUCCAUCCAAACAAACAGCGCCUUAAUCAAUCGUCUUCCUCUCCUCUCCUCUCCUCUCCUCUCCCCCCCUCUGCACAUCGACGGAGCACUUCCAUGGCGACGGCGGCCACUGAAGCCAAUCGAAGCUGAAUUACACAGCAACCAGAAAUGGAAGCAACAAUAAACGACGCGUCGAUCCUCAUCGCGGUGGUCGUAAUAUUAGCCUCACUCUGGACGGCAGGCAUCCUCAAAUUGGCGAACAGCCUCUGGUUGAGACCUAAGAGGCUGGAAGAAACCCUAAGGAAGCAAGGCCUCCGGGGGAACCAUUACAGGCUACUCUUCGGCGACAUCAGAGACCUCGUAGCUCUGGCCAAACACCACCAGCCUAAGUCCAUCCAGAUUUCGGAGGAUCCGACGGCUCACGCUCUCCCCUACUACCACCGCCACGGCAUCAAAUACGGCCAAAAUUCCUUCAUCUGGUUCGGAACAUCGCCCAGGCUCGUCAUCACAGAACCUACGCUUCUCAAGGAGAUUCUCGCCAAGCCCGACGUGUUUCACAAGAUCCGACCCGACCCUAUCGGAGAAACGGCCGCCGGCGGUCUGCUCUACCUGGAGGACCAUAAAUGGGCCACGCACCGCCGCAUCGUCUCCCCGGCGUUCCAUAUCGACAAACUGAAGAAAAUGGUGCCGACGAUGUGGUUGAGCUGUCGGAAGAUGGUGGAGAAAUGGGAAUCAAGUUCUACUGCGGCGGUGGAUGUGUGGCCGGAGCUUCAAGAUUUGACCGGAGAUGUGAUUUCCCGAACUGCAUUUAGCAGCAGCCAUGAAGAAGGGUGGAGAAUAUUCGAACUUCAGAAAGAGCUCGUUCAUCUCAUUCUCGAAAUUCUCAUCUUCACUUUCAUCCCUGGCUGGAGAUAUAUUCCGACAAAGGCAAACCGAAGAAUGAAAACGAUCUCAAAUGAAAUCCACACUUUACUAAGGGGAAUUAUCGACCAAAGGGAGAAGGCAAUUGCGAGGGGGGAGGCGAUCGAGGAGGACUUACUAAGCACAUUGAUGGAAUCAAACAAGAAAGAGAUCCAAGAGCACGGGAACAAGAAGAGCGCAGGCGGGAUGAACAUUGAAGAGGUGAUCGAGGAAUGCAAGUUGUUUUACUUUGCGGGCUCGGAAACCACGUCGAGCUUGCUUGUUUGGACAAUGGUGAUGCUAAGCAUACACCAAGAUUGGCAAGCUCGUGCCCGAGAAGAAGUUCUGCAAGUCUUUGGCAAGCAAGCGCCAACAUUCGAUGGCCUAAAUCAUCUCAGAACGGUGACCAUGAUACUUUACGAAGUUAUGAGAGUAUACACGCCGGUACCCUUACUGGCCCGAUCAAUCACAAAGCCAAUACAACUAGGAGACAUGAAGCUUCCCGUCGGGGUGGACUUAUUGCUAUUACCUGGUCUAAUUCACCAUGACCCUAAGAUAUGGGGCGACGAUGUGGAGGAGUUCAAACCGGAGAGAUUUUCCGAAGGAAUUUUGCGAGCAAGCAAGAGCCCGUUUGCCUUCACCCCUUUUAGCUCCGGCCCUCGAGUUUGCAUCGGGCAACACUACGCUAUGAUUGAGGCAAAAAUAGCCAUAGCUACGAUACUACAACACUUCUCAUUCGAGCUUUCCAAAUCUUAUUUGCAUGCUCCAUUCGCCAUUCUUACACUCCAACCUCAAUAUGGAGCACCUCUACUUCUACACAAACUUUGAACUACGAUAGAUUUACCUUAGAUUAGUUUACUCGAUGUUUUAUUGUGUUUUUUAAUACUUCCUUUUAUUUUGAUAUAUUUUAGAUGAAAUAACAAAUAGAAUGUAAUGUUCAGAAUAAAAUUAAUAAUUUUCACUAUGAUCAAAAACACGUUG